CUUCUCAUCAGUCCUUUCAUCCUAAAGGACAGAAUCAUUUCACGCAGGCGGCUGUUUCUCUCGGCUCGUACGGACGCUCAACCUGAGACAGAGGAAGGAGUGAGUGGCGUGUAUGCGCGCGCAUGCGGUCGCUGUGUGCGCCGCUCGUUUCAUCCGAUGAAGAGAUGCAGAGGAGUCGAUCGCGUCCGUGCGGCUCGCCAUCACGUUGAAAAACGAAACCGCGACUCGACUCGCUCCGACUGGACGACCUUUGCCGAGCACGAACACGCAGGCUAAUUUGUUAGCGCGGGGGGUGGUCUCGUCCGUGGACGCGUAUGCAUGUGUUCCGCACCGAACGGGCGAAAGAGCCGCCCCGGAUCCGCAGGCCGCAUGUUUCAGCUGGGCAAAGCGGCGCGCAGCGAACCCGAGCGGCGGGAGAGCACGGACAGCGCCCGCAGGGGAGGACAGCGGGCUCUGGAGCACUGCAGAGCGGCGGUGCAGGAGUUUAACACUCUGGUGGCACUCCAUCGUGAGCAGGUCAUCUCCAUAGGAGAGAUCACGGCUGAUUGUCCAACUCUGAGAGCACGCAUGCACAGUACACGCACCAAAGGCUGCACAGUGGCUCAGAGUGCCUACCAGCACCUCACACUCAUCUCUGGGCCAGAGGAUGGGGAGAUCCACCCUGAAAUCUGCAGGCUCUUCAUCCAGCUGCAGUGCUGCUUGGAGAUGUACAUCACUGAGAUGCUCAAGUCCAUGUGUUUGUUGGGUGUGCUGCAGCUCCACAGGAAAGGAAACGAGCCGUGCCCUGAGCCAAAUGCAGACUGCAGAGUGGAUGAAAGCUCUGAUGUCCCGAUAUUGGAGGACAGGUCUUCAUCACCUGUUGACUUCCCCCAUGAAUCCUGGCUUGUGUGUACAGAUAUCGAGAACAUAGAGAGUCCCAAUAUACAAGAAUUAGGGAAAUUCAUGGCCAUUUCUGGCUGUUACUGUGAUCAUUAUCCAUGGAGUCCAUGGUCUUAUUGCACCAAGACUUGUGACCAGGGAACUCAGGAACGUACCAGAAAUGUCCAGUAUGAUGAGCACUGGUACAAGGCCAAUUGUGGCCAGCUAUGCCAGACACAUGAGCGCCAGAUAUGUAAUGUGGAUCGGUGUCCCAUAAACUGUGAACUGACUGAGUUUGGACCCUGGUCAGAGUGUUCACCCUGUGCCAAAAAAAUGUUCAGAACCAAGUCUGUCCUCAGACCAGCUCAGUUUGGGGGACAGGACUGCAGUGAUCCUCUGACUGAAGAAAGACUUUGUCAUCCUUCUAAAGAAUGUGCAAUUGAAAAGGACCACUGCAAGGACAAAUUCACCUGUGAUAAUGGCAGAUGUAUAAAAGCUAUUCUAGAGUGUAAUGGCCAGAAUGACUGCCUGGACAACUCUGAUGAGAAGAACUGUGGAAAAAUCAACAGAGUGUGUUCUGCAACAAGAGAGUUUUACGUCCUUCCUGGAGUGGAUCUCAUAGGCAAUGGGUUUGAUGUUGUUGCAGAGCAGAUGAGGGGUGCUGUCCUAGACAACUCUAUCAUGGGAGAUGAAUGUGUUGUAAACCGCAGCAAAGCAAACAGGAAACUCUACCGAAUCCCAGCCAACAUUGAGAGCUAUGAAAUCAAUGUGGAAACACUUGAUGAUAUUAAGGAGAACCCACAAGUGCAAACUCAGCAGGUCACUUUAAAAAGUCAGACCUCAUAUUCUGGACAGAUUUAUCCACCCAGCUUUUCCUUGGAAAUUCCCACCUUUCUGAGCAUCAUCCGAAAUUCUGACCUGUCUAAAUCCUUCAAGGAAGAAAUGAGUGCAUUUCAAAAAAAGGACUCUGAGUAUUUCAGGCUACACCAGGAAAUAGCCACUUCCACUUUCAGAACAAAAUCAUCUGACCUAUACCUAUCGCACCCCUUUCUCAUUUUCCUCAACAGCCUACCUUUGGACUACAACUAUGCCCUCUAUGCACAGAUCUUUCAGCAGUUUGGGACCCACUAUUUCAGUUCUGGUACACUGGGAGGGCAGUAUGAUCUGCUUUUCCAGUAUGACCGUGAACAACUCAAGACUCAGGGUUUAACACAGGAACAAACGAAAAACUGCAUCCGAAAUGAAUUUUCCAUCUUCCUCUCCAUUUAUUUUACAAGGUCAUAUAGCAAUAGAUGUACCAACACGCAGACCACCACAUAUGAAGGAUCAUUCCUGCAGACAUCAGAGAAAUCCAUAUCAUCAGUGAAGGGAGGAAGAUCAGAGUAUGCUGCAGCUCUGGCCUGGGAACGGAAAGGUGCUCCACCAGACAGCGUGACUUACAAAGACUGGAUCAAAUCUACUAUAGAUAACCCCACUGUCAUAGACUAUGAGCUGAAGCCCCUGGUGGAGCUUGUGCAUGGUAUUCCUUGUGCCGUGACAAAGAGACGACACAUGCAGAAGGCUCUGGUUGAGUAUCUGGCAUCCUUUUGCUCCUGUAAAUGUGCCCCAUGUCCCAACAAUGGCCGCCCAGCCUUGUCAGGGACAGAGUGUGUGUGUAUCUGCCAGACUGGAACCUACGGGGCCAACUGUGAGAAACGGGCCAAGGACUACACUUCAGAGGCAGUUGAUGGCUACUGGAGCUGCUGGAGCUCAUGGAGUGCUUGUGACUCAACCUUAAAGAAGCACCGCACUCGAUCCUGUAAUAACCCUGCUCCUCAGAAAGGAGGGAAACCCUGCCAGGGCCCUGAGCACCAAGAGGAGGAGUGCACCAUCUCUAUCUUCCAACAGAAGGAUGUGUGCAUCAAUGACAAUGACUUUGAGUCUGAAGGAGAGAGUCAGAGCGUGCUGCCUCCAGGAGUUUCUGGCUGUGCUAAACCCAAACCUCCUGCUCACAGCUACCUGAGAAUCAAUAAGCAAGUGUAUGAUUAUGGAGAUCAUGAGGAGUUUGUGUGUUUUUCUGGUUUCGAGCUGGAUGGUUACCAGCUCAUUCGCUGUAAGCAGGAUGGAACGUGGGAGGAGGCAAAGGGCAGCUGCAUCAAGGUGAUAUGUUCCAGACCUAAAGUGCCAAAUGACAUGAACAUAAGCCCAAGCAAAGAGGAGUACAAUAUUGGCUCCAGUUUCUCUCUGAGCUGCUCGGACAGUGCCAUGAGUCCAUCAGGACCAUAUUACUACACUUGCACUAAUGCACUCACCUGGGACCCAUCCAUCCCUGAUGACAUACACUGCAAAAGUGAUGAGCCCUUUAUACCAGAUAGCAGCUGUGGGUUGGGAGAACGGCGUGUGGGUGGCACAUGUGUCUGCAUUCCUCGAGAAGACUGCAGGAAGUAUAAGAACGACAUUUGUGCUUUGGAUGUGACAAAAGGCAGUGCCAGGAUGAUAUCUUUCUGCUCCUUUCAUGCUGAUCGUUGCCAUGAGGACAAGCUGCACUUCAUUAAUAAUGGUCCUUGUAAAGGUGACGUGAACUGGGCCAGGUUCAGGGCCAGCAUUUCUGAGAAAAGCUCAGUACAACAGCCAUGUGGAUCAGACACCUGUUAUGAGUGGGAGACCUGCUCAGUGUCGGGUGUGUGUGUGUGCAAAGUUCCCAGAGAUUGUCCAAAGACUGAGGGACAAACCUACUGUGUGAACAUCCCAAGACUUCAGCGCCAGAGGACCUUCAAUCUGUGUAACAUGGCUGCCACGAAGUGCAGCGGCUUUGACUUGGAAAUUAUUCAUGAAGGUGUAUGUAAAAGCCCCUAA